GUAUCGAAAUCGAGCCCCAUUUUUUAACUCGUUAAUUAAUUAAUUUCCUCUGAGGAACCGAACGUAGCAAAAAGCUUCGGGUCUUCGAUUUCUCCAAUGCCGCUCUUUCUCUCUAUUCAUUAGAUCCCCAUCUCUAGGGUUUUUUUUAGCCCCCCCGCAGAUCGAAGCUCGAUUGCUCUCCCCCACCCCCCAGAUGUCUUCGCUUGCGGCGCUCUCCUCCGGCUCCGGGGCUUCGGCCUCGGAUCUCCUGCGGAGCUCGAGCAGUGGAGUGAUCGGGGUCCCCCUUAGGAUUUUGGGGAGAUCGGGAGCGGUCAGCGUUGAUUUGAGGAGGAGGAGGAGGGGGGUGAAUGUGAUGGCCAAGAUCGUGAAGAAGGGGAAGGUGAAGCACGAGUACCCGUGGCCUGACGAGAUCGAGCCCGAUCCCAAUGUCAAGGGAGGGAUCCUUAGCUACUUGUCGGAGUUUAAGCCUCUCAAGGAGAAGCCUAAGCCUGUUACUUUGCCCUUCGAGAAGCCUCUCAUGGAUCUCGAGAAGAAGAUCAUGGAUGUACAAAAGAUGGCUGCUGAAACUGGACUAGACUUCACAGAUCAGAUCUUAUCUCUUGAGUCUAAGUAUGAGCAGGCUUUAAAGGAUCUCUAUACCCAUCUCACUCCUAUACAGCGUGUGAGCAUUGCUCGCCAUCCCAACAGGCCAACUUUUCUGGACCAUGUGUUCAACAUAACUGAAAAGUUUGUAGAGCUCCAUGGAGAUCGUGCUGGAUAUGAUGAUCCUGCCAUUGUGACCGGUAUUGGAAGCAUAGAGGGAAGAACUUAUAUGUUUAUCGGUCACCAGAAAGGUAGAAACACAAAGGAGAACAUUAAGCGCAACUUUGGUAUGCCUACUCCUCAUGGUUACCGGAAAGCUUUGCGUAUGAUGUAUUAUGCUGACCAUCAUGGGUUGCCAAUCAUCACUUUUAUUGAUACACCUGGUGCUUAUGCAGACCUCAAGUCGGAGGAGCUUGGUCAGGGUGAGGCCAUUGCCUUCAAUUUGAGGACUAUGUUUGGUCUGAAAGUUCCUAUUGUUACGGUUGUUAUUGGAGAAGGUGGAUCUGGAGGUGCACUCGCAAUUGGAUGUGCUAAUAAGUUACUAAUGUUGGAAAAUGCUGUUUUUUAUGUUGCCAGCCCGGAAGCAUGUGCAGCAAUAUUGUGGAAAACUGCAAAAGCUUCUCCAAAGGCAGCUGAGAAGCUAAGGAUAACUGCCACAGAGUUAUGCAAGUUGAAAAUUGCAGAUGGCAUCAUUCCUGAACCUCUUGGUGGUGCACAUGCCGAUUCAUCUUGGACAUCACAACAGAUAAAACUUGCAGUUGUCGGAGCAAUGAAUGAACUCCUAGAGAUGGACACACCAACGCUGUUGAAUCAUCGUAUGCUCAAAUUCCGCAACAUUGGAGGGUUCAUAGAAGGGCAACCGAUAGACCCAAUAAAGAAAGUAAAUAUGAAGAAGAAAGAGGAACCAGUCAUCGACAUAGAAAGUAUUACAGAGAUAUCGACUCUUGACUUAGAGCAAGAAGUUGAAAAACUGAAAGACCAGAUACAAAAAUCCAGAGGAAACCGCUCGUCUGAGCCUAUAAAUGUGGGUGUGAAUGACUUGGUUGUCAAACUAAAAGAAGAGGUUGACCAGGAGCUUACUGAGGCUGCUGAAUUCAUGGGCUUGACGAAUAAGCUCGACAUGCUCAGGAAUGAGAUUACAAAAGCAAGAAGUUCUCCAGAACAACCCAUGGAUUCUGGCUUGAAGGACAGGAUUGAGAAACUAAAGCAGGAGUUUGAACAGGGUCUAGCAGAUUAUCCCAAUUCAGGAAACUUAAAUUAUAAGCUUAAUAUGCUAAAGGAAUUAUCCAAAGCCCAGAAAGUAGUACGUUUGAAGCAGGAACUAAAUGAAGGAUUGAAGGUGGUCAUGAAUCGCUCUGACUUGAAACAGAAGGUGGACAUGCUGAAGGAAGAAAUUGCAAAUGCAGGAGUUUCAGAAGCUUCUGAGUUGGAUGAUGGCUUGAAGGAGAAAAUUCUGAAGGCGAAGGAGGAGAUAGCAUCUGAAUUGACCAAGACACUGAAGUCUAUGAAUUUGGAUGUACAACUUGUAGCCUCUAAACCAUUGUGUGCAGAGUUAAAAAAAAGAGCUGAUGAACUUAGUAGUGAGAUUAAAGAAAGAAUAAAGGAGGCCGCAGAAUCAAGUGACCUGAAGAGCAAAAUAGAGACUCUGAAAUUGGAGGUGGAGAAGGCAGGAGAUUCGCCUGAUCCAGAAACUAGGAGAAAACUUUUGGAAACGAAUGAACAAAUCAAGAAUAGUAUAGCAAAGGCCUUGAACUCCCAAGAAGAUUUGAAAGAGAAGUAUGAAACACUGAAAAAGGAGGUUAGAAGGGUUUAUUCAGAAAAUGCACCAGAAGAGGAAUCUUCAGGACAGAAUGGAGGGUUGAAUCAUGGUGUUUAUAACCCUGAAAGCAAUGUGAGCUCAACAAUCAGCAGCCAAACCUAAAUAGAUGGACUAUGAUUGAUGUGCCCUACCCAACCAACGGUGAAACUCAAAGGAUACCUAAAUUCACAUACAACUUGCUUUGGGGGAAGAUGCAAGACGUCUAAAAGCACAGGGACACGAGUGUAACCCCUUCAAAAUUUUCAAUUUUCUUAGGUGUUUUUUUCCUUUUUAUUUACUUCUUUAAGCAGUUAAUAUGUUCUCUGUAUGUGUAUGCAAUUGAUAAACAAUUGUGUUUGGAUUUUUGAGUUUUCUGGCUGCAGAAUAAAGGUACAUUCUUAUGAUUUUUCACA